GUUUCUCCACUAGUUUACAUCCCUUUGAGUAUUUGAAGUGACUUAAUUGGAUUUAUUCAUUCGAUCAGUAUGUGUUACUCACAUCUCCAGUUUCUGGACAGCGACCUGGGCGACAAAAGUAAAUGAGAGGUUCAAUGGUGAUGAAUCAUAUUUGAUAAUUCCAUCCCAUCCCUCUUUCUCUCCCCUCUCCUCCUCCUCCUCUCCUUGGACGUCACCUCUCUCUCUCCCUGCCCUCCAUCAAACCUCUCUCCUAAUCUUCCCUCUCUUAGUCACCACAUGGAUGUGUCAUUGUUUCUAUCAUUUUAGUGGUUCAUGCCCGCUGAAGCGCAGCGAGGUGAUCUCCGGAGUGCCAAAACAGCGCCAAGAUACAAGAUCCGUGUUCUCUUCACACACAAACCACCACCUCCUCAUUCCCCAAUGGAUGGCACCGCCGACACCUUCUACAGCCAGGCCUGUGGGCCACAUGACGGUGCUGACCACACCUCCACGCCACGGCCGUAAAGCCUCGGGAUGUAUAAAUAAGGGAGCAAAGGGAGGCGAGGAAGCAGAGGCUGACCAGACCAGAUGAAGAUGGAACUCGCCGUGGUAAACUGGGUGCUUGCAGCUGCAGGGUUUCUUCUGUUGACCAGUGGUGGGUCUGCUGCACCCAUGGAGUGCCACUUCAACUCCAGAGCACUGUGUGUGUUCGAGGGGAGACAGUACUCACUGGGUGAGACCUGGAUGGACAACGCUUGUAUGCAGUGCACCUGUCUGCACCCUGUCGGCGUCGGUUGCUGCGAGACGGUGCAUCGGCCGGUGGAUUUCCCUGCGUGGUGUGAGGUGCGGGUGGAGCCAGUGACCUGCCAAGUGGUCCUGGUCCAGAGAGCUGACCCACGCCUGCCCUGCUCCCCAGGUGAGGACAUCAAGGACCCCAGCCACGGAUCGCUUCAGCUGCAGCAACAGCUCGACGGGUAGAAACCUGCUCAGACCAGCGACUAUCUGUUCAGUCUGUUUGCCUGUGAAACCAGUACCCACUCUAGUUAAAUAUCAGUAACCAUUUUAUACACAUACUGUACGAAUAUAAAGCUUUAACAGCAUCUGUACUUUUUGGAUUGUGUAAUCAAUGAAGGAAAUGUGAGUGAAAUCUGUCUGUGAAACUAUAUUUAAGGAAAACUGCAGUAUUUUCCAGCAGAGAACUUUUUGAGCACCAAAUGGUGUAAUCUGUUAACACGUUUGGGCAUCAAUCUUCUGUAGACAAAACAUCAUUUCCAUUAUGUGUUUGAUAUUAAUUAUAGUAAGCAGUUUGUUAUACAGGUGGUUUGGGGAGUUUUUCAUGUUAAACAUCCUGCACAUCUAGACAGUUAGAGGCUUCUUUCUUCAAUGUAUUUGGGAAGAUUAUAUUCAGCAAAAUGCCAAAUUUCUUUAACUAAUCCAAUAAUGACUUAUUGUAAAUAUAAGCAAAUAAAUACGUACAUUAAUAUAUAAAAGGAUUCUUGUUGAAUUUGACCUGUUCUCUGCUGUAACUCAAUUACCCUCCAAA